AUGGCCCAUCGAAUGAAUGUAAGCACUAAUGCUAUUGAGAAGAAGAUUUUAUCUUUAAAGACCCAAUAUAAAAGAGAAUUAAAUAAAUUAAAAACAAAAUCUGGUGCUGGACUAGAUGAGAAAACUCAUUCUAAUUGGUAUGCUUUUGAGUAUUUGCAUUUUUUGAACGAUGCUAAUGGACCACAUCCUAGGACGAAUUCAUUAUUGAUUACGGAGACUGAAAGUAAGCUAGAAGGUAUAACAGUUGAAAACAAAAGUAGGGAAGAACCUACUUUAUCUUUCUCUCAAAGGCAAUCCCAGCCCAGAUUCAUUUUAAAAAGGAAAUGUGAUGCUCAGUUGGGCACAUUAAAUUUGUUAAAAGGUGCAUCAAAUGCUAACAUUGUUAAGCAAAAAAAAGAUAGCUUUUCUAUUUUUGGAGAUACAAUAGCAAGUGAAUUAAGGGAUAUAAAAAAUAAAAGAGAAUUGUUAAUUCUAAAAAAAGAUAUAAUGGAUCUAAUAUUUCAUACGAAGUUAAGAAUUUUAGAGCCUGAAUAUAUUAUAUCUCAACCUCCCUUUGAAGAGGAUUGA